AGUCUUGUUCGUUUCCACACACACAUCAGCACAAGAUGCACUCAGCUGCCAUCUUUCUGUUCGCUCUGCUUGUUGUGGAUACCAGUUACUGUAACGCACAACAGUAUUCUUCUCUUUUUGGAGGAGAGCCAAUUCUAGAUGGAGUGCGGCUAAUGCAGUAUAAACCGAAACGAAACUAUGACUUUGUACGGUUUGGAAGAUCCGGAAGUCCGUCAAAGAAAGCCUCCUACGACUAUAUUCGGUUCGGUAAACGAAGUGGAACACAAGAAAAUUUCGACACCUCACGAUAUGCAUCUAUCGAUCAACUGUAAAAAGCUGCUAUAAAACAUUUCAUCCCGAUUACUGUAGCGACUAAUGUCCGCAACUAGCUCGCUACGCUCAAUAAAUUUCCAAUAAUGGUACUAGUGAAUGUGUCGUAAGUAUUAAUGAAGAUUUCUGUUGUUUGCUUUCCACACUUCUUCUAGGAACAGUUCUUUCUGUACUUCGCUAAAAUUACGUCAUCUAUAUGGUGUUCUUGAUUCAUAUUAUCUGAC